AUGAAUGCUCAGCGUUUUCAAGGCUGGGAGUCCGUUGCUGUACAUCCUGUCAACCCUAAAGCUCUUAAUCUAGCUGAGCUGUACGGCGAAUAUAAUUUAAGUACAGGAGAGUGGCUAGAUGGAGUACUGAGUUCUAUCAUGCGAAUUAUUUGCGCUGACGAGGACCCAAUGCAGAAAUGGCUUUUAUUUGACGGACCCGUUGAUGCUGUCUGGAUUGAAAAUAUGAACUCUGUGAUGGAUGACAACAAGCUUCUAACGCUAAUUAAUAGUGAACGAAUUACAAUGCCGCCACAGGUUUCAUUGCUAUUUGAGGUAUUUCAAGGACUACUCAGGGGAUCUCUAGAACUUCAAACGACAAGAUCACUUUUUCUUCGUCUAUGGAUUCAUGAGUGUUUUAGAGUAUUUAGUGAUAGACUUGUUGAUGAUUCAGAUCAAGAGUGGUUUGUCAACACUAUUAAUGAAACCCUAGGAGAAUAUUACGAGGUUACUUUUCACAGCCUAUGCCCAUCAAAACAGUCUCCGCUCUUUGGGGAGUUUGCUCAUCCGCAGGGUUUCUAUGAAGACUUAAAGUUGGACACAUUGCGCACAUACAUGAUAAACCAAUUAGAGGAGUACAAUAAUUUUCCUGGAAUGGCUCGUAUGAAUUUAGUUUUCUUUAAAGAAGCCAUUGAACAUGUAGUUCGCAUAAUUCGCGUUAUAUCUCAGCCGCGCGGUCAUAUCCUAAAUAUUGGUAUAGGAGGAUCCGGCCGUCAAGUGCUAGCCAAACUAGCUGCCUUCAUUUUAGAAAUGGGAAUCUUCCAAAUUGAGGUUUCAAAAAAAUACAAAGUCGGCGAUUUACGCGAGGACUUAAAAGCCUUAUAUAAAAUAACGGGUAUUAAGCAAAGGCUAACCAUUUUUAUUUUUAGCAGCGAACAGGUAGCUGAAUUGUCUUUCUUAGAAAUUAUAAAUAAUAUGCUUAGUAGUGGAGAGAUAAACUUAUUUAAAGCUGAUGAGUUCGAUGAACUAAAAUCCGAUUUAGAGCGUCCCGCAAAAAAGGCUGGAGUUGAGCUAAACACGGAAGCGCUGUAUUCAUUUUUCAUGCUGAAUAUAAGAGAUUUUAUGCAUAUAGUUCUGUGUUUCAGCCCCAUCGGAGAAAGCUUCAGAAACUACAUACGUCAAUAUCCGGCUCUAUUAAGUGCUACCACUCCCAAUUGGUUUAGAUUGUGGCCGCAAGAAGCAUUAUUGGAAGUCGCUUGUCAUUUUUUGAAGGGUUUUCAACUGAAUAUUCCCGUUCCUGGUAAAGAUGAAAAGAAAGAUCGCGAUAGUUUGGUCGAAACGACUGAAAAUGUUCUUCAUCGUGAUAUUCCGCAUGCAUUUUCAAUCAUGCAUUCUAGUGUUGCAAAAAUCUCACAGCUUAUGUUAGAAGAAGUAAAACGAUAUAACUAUGUUACGUCACCAAAUUAUUUACAGUUAGUAAGUGGUUUUAAAGAGCUCCUUGAAAAAAAAAGGUUGGAAGUAUCAUCCGCUGCCAAUCGCUUACGUAACGGGUUAUCUAAGAUUGCAGAAACUCAGGAAAAGGUGACUUUAAUGUCAGAGGAGCUUAAAGUAAGUUCAGAGCAAGUAAAAUUACUAGCCAAAGAAUGCGAAGAAUUUAUUGCCAUGAUCGAAAUUCAGAAAUCCGAAGCGACAGAGCAAAAAGAGAUCGUAGACGCAGAAGCAGUAAUUAUAAAGCGUGAAGAAGUAAUAUGUUUAGACUUAGCAGCCACUGCUCGCGCAGAUUUGGAAGUUGUUUUGCCUAUGAUUGAUGCAGCAGUAAAAGCUUUAGAUGCACUAAAUAAAAAAGAUAUUGCUGAAGUAAAGUCCUAUGGUCGCCCACCUAUGAAGAUUGAAAAAGUAAUGGAAGCCGUACUGAUAUUAAUCGGAAAGGAACCAACUUGGGAGAACGCGAAAAAAGUACUUAGUGAGUCUACAUUUUUGAAUGACUUAAAAAAUUUUGAUCGAGAUCACAUCUCGGAAAAAACACUUAAGCGAAUAGCCAUGUACACUAAAAAUCCAGAAUUGGAACCAGAUAAGGUAGCUGUAGUAUCAGUUGCAUGUAAGUCAUUAAUGCUAUGGAUUAUGGCUAUAGAAAACUACGGCAAAGUAUAUCGAAUUGUUGCGCCAAAACAAGAAAAAUUAGAUAAUGCCAUGAGGUCGCUGGAGGAAAAACAAGCAGCAUUAGCUGCAGCUAAAAAAAAACUUGAAGAACUGCAAGCGGUAAUAGAAGAGCUUUAUCGGCAGCUCAAUGAAAAAACCGAAUUGCUUAAUGAAUUACGUGCAAAGGAAGAACGUCUAAGGAAGCAACUGGAACGUGCAAUUAUUUUAGUUGAAUCACUGUCAGGAGAGCGCGAGCGUUGGAUAGAAACUGUAGCCCAACUAGACGUCGCUUUUGAGAAAUUACCUGGAGACUGUCUUUUGUCUAUUGCAUUUGUAACUUAUUUGGGUCCGUUUGACACUAAAUACCGUGAAGAUCUCUUAAGCAAAUGGAGACAACUAAUUAAAGAUUUAGUUAUUCCAGCCACGUCUGAACUGAAAUUAACUGUCUUUCUCUGCGAUGCCGUUUCUAUCCGAGAAUGGAAUAUUCAAGGACUUCCGGCUGAUGAUUUAAGUACGGAAAAUGGAGUAAUUGUAACUCAGGGCAGUAGAUGGCCGCUGAUUAUCGAUCCGCAAAUGCAAGCGAAUAAUUGGAUUAUGAAGAUGGAGGAACAUAAUCAGCUAAUUAUAAUAGAUUUGGGUAUGACUGAUUAUCUUCAGCAAAUGGAACAUUCUAUUAAAGAAGGGAUUCCUGUAUUGUUACAAAAUGUUGGAGAAACCCUAGACCAGGCGAUAUACCCAAUCCUUCGCCGAAAUUUUACAAUACAAUCUGGGGAAAAACUAAUAAAAUUCAAUGAUAAGUACUUAUCAUAUAACGAUCAAUUUCGAUUUUACAUUACUACGAAAAUUUCGAAUCCGCACUAUCCACCCGAAAUAUCAUCAAAAAUGACGAUUGUUAACUUUGCAUUAAAACAAGAUGGACUGGAAGCCCAACUAUUGGGUAUUAUUGUAAGAAAGGAAAAACCGGCGUUAGAGGAACAAAAAGAUGAUCUAGUUAUGACCAUUGCACGUAAUAAACGUACACUUAUUGAUCUUGACAAUGAGAUUUUGCGUUUAUUAAAUGAAAGUAGAGGAUCCCUUCUUGAUGAUGACAAAUUAUUUUCUACAUUGCAAAAGUCACGACAAACAUCGGUCCUGGUGAAAGAGUCCCUAAGUAUUGCUGAAGUCACAGAAAUAGAGAUAGACGCAGCUCGCCAAGAAUACAAGCCUGCUUCUGUACGCGCUGCUAUUUUAUUUUUCGUUUUAACGGAUAUGUCAAAGAUUGACCCAAUGUAUGUUUUCUCUUUGGCGGCUUAUAUUUUACUAUUUACGCAAUCUAUUGAACGUAGUCCACGAAAUCAGCUGGUACAUGAGCGUAUUCACAAUAUUGAUGAAUAUCAUACAUAUUCUGUUUAUCGAAAUACUUGCCGUGGCCUUUUUGAAAGGCAUAAACUUCUUUUUUCAAUACAUAUGACAGCGAAAAUACUAUCAAAUGCUGGAAAGCUGGUCGAAGAAGAGUAUGAUUUUAUCCUGAAGGGCGGAAUUGUUUUAGACAAGCAAGGACAGGCGCCUAAUCCAGCAAAAUGGUGGAUCAGUAAAUAA